GGGCCUCCCAGAGGCAGGGCCCCUGGAGCCUGUGAUUUGUCAGGGAAAUCUCAGCCACCUGCUCCCCUCAUGCAAAUGACCCAAGCCUCUGGCAGCUGCUCCUUAGGCCUCCAAGUGUAAGCCCUGUCUUCCCUCUCUGAGCUUUGCUGAGACUUAGGGCCGCCUGCUUUCUCUCUGACCCCUGCGUUCACAGCCUCGAGAGGGCAAGGAGGGGGCCAGACCCCAGCCUGGGAGCAGCGUGCAGGGCUUCCCUCCACUUGAAAUCCGUUGCCCGCCCACAAUACGGGCAGACCUGUCCAUCCUUCUCUGUGGGUCCCCUGUACCUUUCUCCCCCGACAGGAUCAGACCCAGAGGCAGCUGGUUGGGGUUUGUUGAGAAGAAGGAUUAUCCAGAUCAGUCCUUUCUAAUCUCAGCUCCUGCCUGUACCCUCCCAUACUCACCAAACCCUCUUCCCCACCACCCUGAGCUGAGGAGCACAGUUUGAGGUACUGACAAUGGGGCCAUCUAUCACCCUUAUAUCCUGCCUCCUGGCCUGGUUGCUAAGUGGCCCUGACUGCCAAGAUCAUCACCAUGGAUGGGGGCCGGGACCAGGGGGGCCACUGGAGCUGUAGUUGUCUCUGCUCCUUUGCACCCCUCCCAAACCCCAACCCUUAAUCCUCACAGCUUUGCUCUAAUCCUGUGGGGCCUGAUGCUCUUAUCUCUGCCUGCAGAGACUGACCAGGGAAGCACCCCUUCACCCCCUCCUCUCUCAGGGCUUGUGGUGGGGGCCGCUCCUCUCUAUGGCCCCACACUCCUGCCCCCAACCCUCCUCCAGGCUGGGCCCAAGUCUCUCUGGAAUCCGUACACCUCCCUCCCUCCCCCCACCCCUUCCUCCAACCCCUGCCAGCUGAUUUCAUUUGCCUGACGUCGUCGUGGUUGGCUCUACCCUUCCCUGUCAGGCCCCCCCAACCCCCCGCCGGUAGGGGCCAGGCCAGGCCAGCUCCUCUGGCAGCAGAGCCUGGGCAGGUGACGGGCGGGCGUGGGCGUCGCAGCUGAGGGAGUAAGGAGGCUCCCAGGAACCGGAGCUGGAAACCCGGCCGAGGUCCAGCCAGAGCCCAAGUAAGAGGGAGCUGGCCUGGGCUCUGCUCUCCUGGGCUGGGGCGCAGGCAGGGCUCAGGCAGGCUGGGGCUGGAUGCAAAGGACCCCAAACUUGGAGGGCCUAGCUGGGGAGAGGGUGCAGCCACCCAGUCGUUUCCCUGUGUCUUGGAGUCUGGUGUGGGCACGAAGCGCAGAAGCACAGCCUGAUGGGGGUUCCUCACACCGACCCCAUGUUCCUGGCAGGAGCCAGAGUGACCCCUCGACCUGUCAGCCAUGGGGGAGAUGGAGCAACUGCGUCAGGAAGCGGAGCAGCUCAAGAAGCAGAUUGCAGAUGCCAGGAAAGCCUGUGCUGACGUUACUCUGGCAGAGCUGGUGUCUGGCCUAGAGGUGGUGGGACGAGUCCAGAUGCGGACGCGGCGGACGUUAAGGGGGCACCUGGCCAAGAUUUAUGCCAUGCACUGGGCCACUGAUUCUAAGCUGCUGGUAAGUGCCUCGCAAGAUGGGAAGCUGAUCGUGUGGGACAGCUACACCACCAACAAGGUGCACGCCAUCCCACUGCGCUCCUCCUGGGUCAUGACCUGUGCCUAUGCCCCAUCAGGGAACUUUGUGGCAUGUGGGGGGCUGGACAACAUGUGUUCCAUCUAUAACCUCAAAUCCCGUGAGGGCAAUGUGAAGGUCAGCCGGGAGCUUUCUGCUCACACAGGUUAUCUCUCCUGCUGCCGCUUCCUGGAUGACAACAAUAUUGUGACCAGCUCGGGGGACACCACGUGUGCCUUGUGGGACAUUGAGACUGGGCAGCAGAAGACUGUAUUUGUGGGACACACGGGUGACUGCAUGAGCCUGGCUGUGUCUCCUGACUUCAAUCUCUUCAUUUCGGGGGCCUGUGAUGCCAGUGCCAAGCUCUGGGAUGUGCGAGAGGGGACCUGCCGUCAGACUUUCACUGGCCACGAGUCGGACAUCAACGCCAUCUGUUUCUUCCCCAAUGGAGAGGCCAUCUGCACGGGCUCGGAUGAUGCUUCCUGCCGCUUGUUUGACCUGCGGGCAGACCAGGAGCUGAUCUGCUUCUCCCACGAGAGCAUCAUCUGCGGCAUCACAUCCGUGGCCUUCUCCCUCAGUGGCCGCCUGCUAUUCGCUGGCUACGACGACUUCAACUGCAAUGUCUGGGACUCCAUGAAGUCUGAGCGUGUGGGCAUCCUCUCUGGCCACGAUAACAGGGUGAGCUGCCUGGGAGUCACAGCUGAUGGGAUGGCUGUGGCCACAGGUUCCUGGGACAGCUUCCUCAAAAUCUGGAACUGAGGAGGCUGGAGAAAGGGAAGUGGAAGGCAGUGAAGACACUCAGCAGCCCCCUGCCCGACCCCAUCUCAUUCAGGUGUUCUCUUCUAUAUUCCGGGUGCCAUUCCCACUAAGCUUUCUCCUUUGAGGGCAGUAGGGAGCAUGGGACUGUGCCUUUGGGAGGCAGCAUCAGGGACACAGGGGCAAAGAACUGCCCCAUCUCCUCCCAUGGCCUUCCCUCCCCACAGUCCUCACAGCCUCUCCCUUAAUGAGCAAGGACAACCGGCCCCUCCCCAGCCCUUUGCAGGUCCAGCAGACUUGAGUCUGAGGCCCCAGGCCCUAGGAUUCCUCCCCCAGAGCCACUACCUUUGUCCAGGCCUGGGUGGUAUGGGGCGUUUGGCCCUGUGACUAUGGCUCUGGCACCACUAGGGUCCUGGCCCUCUUCUUAUUCAUGCUUUCUCCUUUUUCUACCUUUUUUUCUCUCCUAAGACACCUGCAAUAAAGUGUAGCACCCUGGUA